AUGGUUUCUGAUGGUGACUAUUGCAUCACUGGUGGAAGCGAUAAAAGUGUUAAGCUAUGGAAUCCAUCGAAAGGACUGCUACUCAAGACAUAUAGCGGUCACGGAUACGAAGUGAUGGACUGUCGCGGGUCUUGCGAUAGCAGUCACUUAGUGUCCGGAGGAAUGGAUAAGACUAUUAUCAUAUGGGAU